UUCCAUUUACGUUCAGAUCAUGGUUGCACUUGUUGCUAAUACGGAAUUUCUCACCGCUAUAACGUUAACUACACGCCCAUUCGGUUCAUAUAUCCGUUUAAUUUUUUGGGGCGUCGGUACUGUUUACUGACUCGGAGUAAUACAUAAACGUAACAGCUUUAACGAUAUUUGCGUAAGGCGAAACUCCAAACUGGAAAAGGGCAAAAGUCCAGAGUCGACCACCACAGCAAGGAGGUACCUCACUGUCAGCACUAGCUCAACUUCCCUUCAGCGUACCAUAUUCCAGGUUCUCAAGAGAAAUGGACGGUCUAUUCAUACAAAAUACAGCACAACCAGACUUGACAAGUGAAACAAAGCCUGGGUGCAGUUUUGAUGAAGAAAUAUCGCACUGGAUUGAUAAAAACUGCCCUGGUUGGAACCAUCCAAAUGUUAGGAAGACAUUCAUGAUUCCACCUACUUUUCCUGACAUGCAACCAGACAACAAAGGUGACCUGGCAGAAAAAGAUGUUUUUGACAUGUUAGAGAACUUUGGGAACAAAACACAGCAGCCCAUGUUCGUGGUACACUCCCACAAGUUUCACGAGCUCUUGCAGAACUUAGAGAAGGGAAGUGUGAAGAACGAUGACUUGUAUUGGUGUAGAGGAGAAACUGACUUUGUAAUCAUACAUCGAACAUUGGGUGUCAUAUUCCUCCAAGUGAAGGCUGCCACCAAAACUGCCCGUAAGUAUGUAGAGGCAAAGGACCAACUCGACAAAGAUCUGAUGGCUUUGACCUGUUCAUUAAAGCGACUUAGUAUCAGUGACGUUGACAAGAAGGAAGGAAAGAAGAUUGAGCAAAAUGUAGAGCGGGAGAUCCAGAAGUAUCCUGGCUUCGUUGUCAUGCCAAACUGUUCUAAAGACAAGGCUGGGGGAAGAAUUGGCUGUUUCAGAGAAGACCUUGUGUCAAUGGAACAGUUUGAAAAGUGGUGGGAUGAGAACGUUCAGAACAAGAGGAGAGGAGACUUUUGCCAGGACAUGUAUAAACUGAUGGCUAUAUGGUUUGUUGGCCCUCGUGUCAUCAAGGAGCCCUGUCUGAUCAAAGAUGUAGUUGACAGCACACACAAGAGGCUCAUCAAACUAACAGCAGACCAGUUGAGCAUCAUGACACAGGAUGUCCCAAAGCAAGACAUCAUGGGGCCAGCAGGCAGUGGUAAGACCUGGCUACUUGUGGCCAAGGCUAAACAACUGGCAGGUAAACUCAAGCAGAAUGAACGAAUCCUGAUCAUGUGUUUCAAUAAACCACUUUCUUUGUACCUGGAAAAGACAUUCCAAGAGUUCCCCAAGUCAAAGGUGGUCGUCAAGACAUUUGUUUCCAUCUUGAGAAAGAUAAUAGGAAAAGAAAUAGACGUGGGUGCUUUGUAUGAUAAUGAGAAGAAGAAACUUGUUUGUGAUUGUGUUCAGAAGCUGAUGUUGUAUAGAGACCCAACACACAGAUACAUGUAUGAACAUGUGUUUGUAGAUGAAGGUCAGGACAUGUAUGGCAUAUGGAUGGAACUGGUUAACUUAAUGCAUGCAGACAGUGAUGAAGACAGAAGGUACAGGUGGGUUUUCUUUGACAACAACCAAAGUGUUCACUUUGGAACAGAAUACAGCAUCCCACAAAGGGUCAGAAACAAUGCAAAACUGAUGAAUAGAGUUGUCCGCAAUACUUUCAACAUUUUCCAGUGUUCCCACAAGCUGUUGUCUCCAUCUGUAGGUGCAGAACUAGCACACGGUAUUGUCGGGCUACCAGUAAAAUGGAUCGACAGCCUGCCUGCCCACCUAUUUCACUGCUUGGAGGAGGGAGUUGAGUUAGUGGUAGAGGAGAUAGUUGAUUUGCAUAGGGAGUCCGUAAAAAUGUCAGACAUAGUUGUCCUCACCAAUGACAGGGCUGAAAGUGAAGAUGUUUGUGCAGUAUUUUGGUAUAGCCACAGCAUCCCAACACAAAAUGCAGAAGAGGCCAUUCUUCAUCCAGACAUAUCUGCCAUAACUGUUGAUAGUAUUAGAAGGUUCAAGGGCCUAGAGAGCAAGGUGGUGAUCUUGCUGGACCCCCCUCUUGAUGAAGAAGAGAACAUGGACCUAAACUAUGUUGCGAUGUCUCGGUGCUUUUGUCUUCUCAUCAUCGUAACAACCCAAGAAAAGAAACAGAUGCAUGAGGAGUACACAAUGGAGUUGAGAGAGGGCAGAAAUUGAAGCCAUACUUGACUACAACAUUUGAUUUUGUAUUGCUGGAUCAGCGCUAGCCUGAUUAAAUCUCGCUUAUAGCAGCCCUCCCAACACCCGACCGGCCUCCUCUGUGGGGAGGGGCCAGUUACAGCUCAGUGCAGUAGAUACUGUGUUUAACACACAGACUAGAUCAGCACUAUCCAUACAGUAUCUUGUAUACUAAUCUGAAUUGGGUUAGACUAUAAGUUACACACUUAGAGAGAGAAAUGAUGUCAUCUCUUCAUGAAGGUGUCAUAAAUGACAUGAAAUAUAAAUGAUAAAUCCCAUUUUGUUUUCAAAUUCCACUUUGACAUUCCUUAAAUUCCUAUUGGGUUUAAAAUUCCAGAGUAGACAAAACUAAUGGACCAAUUUUGACACAUUUUAGAUUACAUUUAUGAAGUGCUCUUGCUCCCAUUCCUUUGAUAUGUGACCCUUGUGCAUUGUCCUGAGCAAAACGUACCUACAUGUAUACCUUCUCAUACCAUUCAAUGCCUUGUACUUCCUCCACAAACACCUGUAUUAUUGUAUAUACAUCACAUCAUCAGGAUUUUUUUAAGUAUUCACAAGGAUCGCUUGAAUUGGACAAACAGUUUUGAACUUUAAAAAUCCAUUUUACAUAAGAACAUGCCAAUGAUGAUGUGUUUCAACAAGUGUAAAAGAUGUGAUGCUCUGAGCUAAACCAUUCCAGAUUUGCAAAGUGCUAGGUGUAUACAAGUAUUGAUAUGUUUGACAAUAAUAUCAUGUACUUUGUAAUUUCACAACUUUGCUAGGCCUUGGUGAUUUUAUACCAUAUGAUAUUUGCUAGAUUUGUGAUUUUGAAUUUUAUACUUGGACCAAAAGGUGCUUACCUAAUCUGUUUGAAUGUGAUAAAGCAAGUAGUAAAUAAAGUAUUGUGUGGUAUCAGGAAAUGAUGUGUAAAUUGUAUAUUUUGUGUGGUUCAAACAUGAUACAUAGUUAGUGUAAUGACUAGUAUGGAAUAUCAGUAGUCUUAUUGUGUGAUAUUCUCUGUGAUAUGGACAUGUAGCUUAUUAGUAAAGUGUGUGCAGAAAUGAAAAUAUUUUCCUUUGCUUAUGUUUAAAUAUUACAAAUGUAUGUGCUAAUACUCUGAUGGUAUAUCACUUCUUACUGUACUUGGUUUCUGACAGUUUGUAUUUAUAUGUCUUCUGUGAGCCUGAAAAUAAAAUAACCACAAAAAGUGAUGUAUUUACAAUAUGUAUGCUUGAGCAGUGCUUUGUUUGUAUAUAGUUUUAUGCUAAAUAACUUUCUAGCUUGGCUGAUGACAAAUGUGUUAUAUGUACUAGAGUGUAUAAAUGCAGGGGAACAAUGUAUAUGGUAGAGAUUGGGUAGGACAUUCAGCCA